AUGUAUGUGAAAUGGUUUGAUACAGUAAUGUUUUACUAUGUUAUGUUAGUGAAUUUAGUGAAUGUCACUUUUUGUCAUUUUCAAAUUUCCCACCAUUCUGUCCCCAUACGUCCCGACGCUCACAGGAGAAGGAACCCAGAUGACAGAUGGAGGACAUUACAGGGAACACUGCAGGAGAGACAUGGCGGGAGCACAGGACAAGGUAAGAGAAGAACAGAUCCGGAGAGCAGCACCGCAUGGUAAGCCCGAGUGUAGCUCGGGGUUAACGCUUGCGCUACACUCAGGAAUACCGCCAGGGAGGCUACGC